AUGGCUCCCAAUGCUACUCCCAACUCAAGAGCUACCAAGGCCUUCAGCGCUAUGAAGGACUUGGGAAUUUCUCGUGAAGAAGUAGAACCAGUGUUGAAAGAGCUGUUAAGAUUGUAUAAUAAGAACUGGAAAUAUAUUGAAGAAGAUAACUAUCGGACGCUUGUAGAUGCAUACUUUGAGUUUAAGGAAGAUAAGGAAGCAAAAGGUAAGGGAAAAAGUCAAAUCAGUUAUCGUGGUGGAGAAAGACAAAUUCAAUCAUUGGCAGAUGAAGAUGAUGUGCUUUUGUACACCAUGGACAACUCAAGACAAAUAUUAUCUGCAGGAGAGAAUGAAGCGCCUCUAAAUACUUUUGGACGGGAAGUCAUUGAAUCAUCUCAAUCUUUGAUGAGCAAUAUGAGACCUAAAAUCAGUCCUCAAUCAUUGAAAAUAAGAACUUCCGAGGCAGAAAGCAUAUCAAAAUUGCCAGGCAUGGCCGCCAUAGAUAGACAUUCAAAUUCCGAGAAAGAAUCUUCUGCGAGGCACGGGGACGAACCUGUUGAUGAGCCUAGAACUGCUCCUGUUCGAAGAGAAAAUCUACCAAAUGGACAUUAUAGGAAAGAGACAAUGAAGCCAACAACUGAACAUAAUAAUUUACAUCCUGAAUCCAGUUCAACAAGUUGCAGAGGUCCGUCAGAGGUUUUGACUGGAAACUAUCCGGUCAAGUUGGUGUCUUCUCUUUAUCUGGACCUGAACCGUGUCAUUAAUGAUUCUUCAUAUAAUAACAAUCCCACGAGCAGCAAGGCUAAUAUUGACAUUGCCUCUUCACCAUUUGGAGAAGUGAAAAUUUCCUUAAACUGUGACCACGCACUUGGACAGCCAAACUUCAAUAUUCCAAACUUAAAUGCUGUUAUGAAGUUCAUGGAGGAGAAGUACUUCAAGCCUAGCAAUAUCAUUGGACCCCAAUUUUCUAUGGUGAAUUUAUUGAACAGUAUGUGUGAGAGUUUCCUUAAAUUGGGCAUGACUAUGAAUCAAAAGUGCGCACAUCCUGAGUUUAACAAUGCAAACAGAUUAACAAAUGACCCCCAACAAGCUGUUGCUCGAGAUGAGAGGAAGCUAUUUCAGUUUCUUAGUGACAUAACAAAAGGCUCAGAAAAGGUGGAGAUAUCUUUGAUAGAUGAGUAUGGUAAUGGGGAGUUGCCAAAGUUUAAUUACAUACCACAUAAUCUAAUAUAUCAGAGUGCUAAUGUAAAUAUUUCACUGGCUCGUAUUGCGGAUGAAGGUUGCUGCUCAAAUUGUAUUGGAGAUUGUCUUUCUCAAUCACUACCUUGUGCAUGUGCUCAAGAAACUGGUGGAGAGUUUGCUUACACGAUUCAGGGCUUGUUGAAAGACGAAUUUCUCACAUCUUGCAUGUCAAUGAAACAGGAACCUCAAGCUCAUCAAUUGGUGUACUGUGAAGAGUGCCCACUAGAGCGGUCUAAGAAUGAAUGCAUGCCUGAGCAGUGCAAGGGGCAUCUGAUCAGGAAGUUUAUCAAGGAAUGUUGGAGGAAAUGCGGAUGUGACAUGCAGUGUGGAAAUCGUGUAGUGCAACGAGGUUUGAGAUGCAAAUUGCAGGUGUUCUUUACCGGUGAAGGAAAAGGUUGGGGCCUUAGAACGCUGGAAGAUUUGCCUAGGGGAUCCUUUAUAUGUGAAUAUGUCGGUGAAAUAUUAACCAACAUGGAGUUGCAUGAAAGAAUUGUGCACAAAAAUGGCAAUGACAGACAUACGUAUCCUGUAACCCUUGAUGCAGAUUGGGGCUCAGAAGGUGUGUUAAAGGAUGAGGAGGCACUGUGUCUAGAUGCAACAUAUAACGGAAAUGUUGCCAGGUUUAUCAAUCAUAGAUGCUCAGACGCAAAUCUGGUUGACAUUCCUGUUGAAGUGGAGACACCUGAUCGCCAUUAUUAUCAUCUUGCCUUCUUUACUAACAGGAAUGUGAGAGCUUACGAGGAGUUGACGUGGGAUUAUGGUAUUGACUUUGAUGAUCAUGAUCACCCGAUCAAAGCAUUCCAAUGUUGUUGUGGAAGCUCAUUCUGCCGCAAUAAGAAGCGGAAAGGGAAGCGAAAAUUAGCGAAACAUGCAUGAGGCAAGAGGAAAAUCUGAACCAAUGAAGCUAGCUCCUUACUUCAACUAUUGCAACUGCUGCACCCAACCAAAGUCCAUGAGGUACUC